AUGUCGGACGAAUUCGAGAAGGGCGAUGUCUAUCACCAUGAGGUCGCCGACCACGACAUCAUCGGCAAAGGCAGCAAAGAAGAGGCCUCACAUCUGACAGAGCUGACGGAGGAGGAGAAGGUGAUCGAGAAGAAGCUGAAACGCAAAAUCGAUACCCUGAUCAUGCCACUGGUGGUGCUCGUCUACUUGAUGAACUACAUCGACCGCAACAACUACGCUGCUGCCAAAUUGCAAGGGUUGACCGAGGAUCUGAAGCUGAGCCCCCAGCAAUACCAGGUCGGACUGAGCAUUCUGUUCGUCGGUUAUGUACGUUUCUUCCUCCACCAAGCACCAGUCCACAAUUUACUGACUUUGCCCAGGUGUUAAUGCAAGUGCCAAGCAAUUUUUUAUUAGGUCAGUGGUUUGAACUCGGCCUCAGUGGCGAGCUAUCGUGGUAUCUGGGCUAAGCAAUUUGUGUAUCAGGUCUCAGUGGCAAGCCAUCGUGGUAUCUCGGCUUUUUCAUCACUGCGUGGGGUCUGGUUUCGGCUCUGACAUCUCAGGUCAAAGGUUACGGUAGCAUCGUGGCCUGUAGAUUCAUUCUUGGACUGGUGGAGGCGCCUUUCUUUGCUGGAGUCCUAUUCUACCUGUCCAAAUGGUACACCAAGAGCGAAUUGAACUUGCGUAUGUCGCUCUUCUAUUCCGGAUCGCUGGUGUCGGGUGCUUUUGGCAGCCUCAUUGCUGCCGGCAUCCUUCGUGGGUUGGACGGGAAUCUAGGGAUGGACCCUUGGCAAUGGGUAAGUCGAGCAGGAGAACAUGGCUAAGACGAAAUCAAUGCAGCUGACAUUCACCCCAGCUCUACAUCAUCGAGGGCUCCAUCACUGUGUUCAUUGGAAUCACCAUCAUCUUUGUGCUUCCUGACUUCCCACACACCUGGUCACGCCUAUCUCCCGAGAUGAAGCACGUUGCCAACCGAAGAAUGGCGCUCGAUGCUGCAGAAGCGGAUGUGGAUACUGGCGGUGCGAUGUCUCAACUCGGCGGAGUCAAGGCAGCUUUUCUCGAUCCAAAGACAUACGUCCUGGCUAUUGCCUAUCAUGGCAUCACUGGCUGCGCUGGGUAUGUUUCCAUGAUCUAUGCGAUAUGUUCGGCCGGCUUUGCUGACCCUCAACCAGGUUCCAGAACUUCUUCCCCUCGUUGACCAAGACGCUUGGUUAUGACAACACCAUCUCGCUCCUGCUAGUUGCACCGCCCUACGUCUUCACCGUCUUCACAUCUCUGGCCCACGGCAUCUUCUCUGACAAGGUGGGCAAACGGUUCUGGUUCUUCAUCUAUCCUGUGCCACUCACGAUCGCCGGUGCCUUGAUCUUUAUGUUCACAACAUCUUUCGGACCCCGGUACUUCAGCCUGUUCUUGUUGAACUCAAUCUUUCUAAUGAACGGCACCAUCUAUGCCUGGAUAGCCAACGCCAUUCCCCGACCUCCCGCGAAGCGAGCCGCGGCGCUCGCCUUCAUCAACAGCGUGGGAAACGCGGCUUCCAUUUGGACUCCCUUUACCUACAACACGACAGAUCCACAGUAUCGCGAAGCAAUGGGCAUCAAUAUUGGUCUCGUGAGCAUCGCUGGAAUCUGCGGCAUCAUCAUGAAGUUCUAUCUCGAAUACCAGAACCGACAAUUGGCCCGGAUGGGGAAUGAGGAUGCUCAAUUGACCGAGAGGGAUCUCAAGAAGCUGCAGAAGACGGCGGAGAUGGAAGGGAUCGAUGUCGCCGCGGCGAGAAUGCUCCAGAAGGGCUAUCGGUACAUCGUGUAG